UAACGAAAAAAAAAAAAAAUCACGGAAGCGACUCGGCAGCGGUUCGAGUCUGACAAGUUUUUUUCUUCUUCUUCUUUUGAGGUAGGGAAGAAAGGGGAAAGGAAAAAGUAGGUUUAACUGCAGCUACUGCGAACUCAAUCCGUGCUGUCCCCAUUUUAGGAGCGAAAGCAAAGAUGGAGGCAGCAAUUAAAACCGUGGUGAGUGUGUUCCUGAAGUCAUCCAAGGGCAAGGAAAACCUCGGAGGGAAGGAGUUCCAGAGCCUCGUGAAGAGCCAGCUAAAAAACAUUCUGACGGGCACAGAGGACAAUGAGGCUGUAAAAAACAUGCGUCAACAGCUUGACAACAAUGAGGAUGGGAAGGUCAGCUUCCAGGAGUAUAUGAAUCUGAUUGGCUAUCUGGCGCAGUCUGUCAGCGAACAGCGUUCUUUGGAAAAAGAAACGCAACCAGAGAGUUCAACCCAGGAGACGCAGGCCGAGGCGGCAGCCAAUGCACAGGCAGAGCCCCCGAAAGCAGAGCCACAGGCGGCAAAGGAGGUGGAGAAAGAAGACAAGCCAGUGACCGAGAAGGCAGCGGCCAAAGAGCAGAAGCCAGAGGGAGAGAAAAAAACCGAUGAGGAACAGAAAGGGGCGAAAGUUGAAGAGAAUAAAACAGAGGAAGCAUCGUAGGAGCUCGAGGAAGUGGAGAUUGUCGCAUCUCAAAUGCUUCUGUUUGUUUUGUUCAUUUCCAUUAUUGUGAUAUUUUAAUACAUAGGCUGUAUAUGGAACCUGGCCAAUACACUACACAUUUUUUUACUACAAAGAGCCUUAAGCCCUCUCAUUAGUUUUUUUUUUGUUGUUGUUUUUUUUUUACAAUGGCUAGGACACAUUUCUCAAUACUUUUCAAAACUCUUCACACUGUUCUCAACUUUCAGCUUGGCACUUCCUUCAAUUUUACAUCCAAAAUGCACUAAAAAAACAACAAAACACUAGUUAAGGUUGUGGCCCAACAAACACGCUUUUAGGGCUUUUCACACAUUAAUAUGAAUCAUUCUGUAAGCGUUCUUAUUUGCGGUGACCGACCUGUUGACACGACGGCUAUGGCAUAGGCAUCCUCGUAUUGCAGACUGUACAUUAUCUUAAUGGACUUUUCAGCAGACUAUAAAAGUAAAAAUAAAACCGUUACUUCUUAACUCCGAUUUACGGGUUUUCUGUCACCAUUUGACAGUUUCCCAUCAAACGUUGAAACGACAUGUAAUCAUACUGUAUGCAUAUAACGCACGUCAUUUCCAGAGCACAAUAAUACGAUGCACGCAAUCACUAAUACAGUCUCGUUUCACACUGUACAGGUAACAUGGUCCCUGUUAACAUUACAGUAUAACAUAAGUUUUAUAGAUGAAUAAAAUGAAAGACUUAACACCCAUUUAGGUGUUUAGCUAGGCUUUGUUAUUGUUUUGAUAGUAUCUCAUUUUUUAGAUUUGGCAUAUAUUUAAAUUUACAGCAAUAUUACUCCAGAAGUGUAGCAAAUUGCUGUCUUUCUGUUUUGUGUUAUAUCAAGGUUUGAACUCAAGUGAAAAAGUUUUUUUAAAAGUAUGUAAAUGUGUAAAUUGACCUUUAGGUUAAUUGAAUUUUGGUGGUGGUUGUGUUUGCGUGAGAAAAUAGUUAAUGUAAUGUGAGAGCUGUUUAGUCAUUAAAUGCAUUUUGUGCCAAAGCAGUGGAAAAUGAUCUGCAAUUUCGUCUGCGGUUAUUUACAAUGUGAAGAGACCUGUUGAGAAAUGGGUCCUAGCAAUUGUAAAAAAAAAAACUAUAAUACUUAUUUCUGUUUGUAUGCACAUCAAUUCAUACCUGUGAUUUAUUAUGUACUAAUAGUGUUUGAGAAAUUGGCAAUAGCCGCAAAUGUGACAAAUGGCCAAAGAGGUGCAAUAACUAAUCACUAUGUCCUUUUGUUUGAGCCAGAUUUGUUGUAAGGGUACUGCAACCACUGUGUCCCCUCCAAUAUCUCUACAAAACAUCAAUGAAUGAAGAACAGACAUCAUUUUUAUAGCAUAAAUGUGGAAAAAGACAUAAUUUUUAAGUGUCCAUUAUGUUUACUUUUUGUUUGUGCCACCUCUUAAGGACAGGGUUACUUAAUCGACUCCGGUGCUAGUCGUAAAUGUACUAUGUAUUUUCCAGUGUUGCAGAAGCAUGAAAAGAGCAAAAUUUUCACCUCUUUUGUUUAAAGAAAUGCCAACCUGCAGGAAUUUAACAUACUGCAUGACCAUUUAAAUGUGGGACUUGCAUUUGUGGCGCACAUGAGAACGCAAUGCAGUCCACAUACUUUGUUGUUCACAUUUCUGGGCCUUGUUUGCAUGAGAAUAAACACUUUUGCUUUUAUAUUACGCAGUUUUAUUGCAUAUACUUGGACCUAACUCUCUCUGACACUCUCCAUUAGCUGGUCUUUCUUUUAGACUUUCACAUGCUGUCCAUCUUAGAGCUUCGUCUCCAGAGCUGGAAUAUCAGAUGCUUAGUGUGCUUAUGAUAGCUGACACUUAAUAAUUAAAUGCCUUUGGGACGGAAUCCACACCAGGGGACCCUUGUGGCCCCUUAGGAGCCCCAAGUCAUCCCACAGUAUCAAGUCACUAUAAAGCAGUUAGGCCCUUUACAUUCACAUGAAUUCAUUCCCUUAAACUCUAUUUUAACUAUAUUUGCCUGCAUAUAUUUAGGUGUAUUUUUUUUUUUUUACUUUCAUUGUGUGUGGAGUGUUUUAAUAGCUUUGUUCAAUUGUAAAAUGUCUCUUAAAGACCACAUUUACAGCAGGACUGACCAGUUUCACUUAUAUUUUGUUCUUUUAAACACAUUUGGUCACAACUAGUGCAUGUUAGCAUUUCUUUAAUGCAUAUAGAUAGAUUAGAUAGAUUUUUUUACUAAUUAUCAAUUAUUCAAUGAAUUUUGAUAUAGCAGCUAUGGUAAAUAUGUAAAUUGUUCCUGUUUGUCACGAAAUGUCUAUGAAAGCCAUAACACACAAGAAGAAGAGACAAGGUACUUUCACCAAUUAGCCAUUAUCUAGCAGCUUACAUAAUACAUUAUACAUGCUACAUUAUACAGAUAUAUAUUGCCUACAUCAGUGUGAAAUCCUACACUACUUAAAAAGUGCUUGUUUGUUCAUGCUGUCAUGUAUAUCCUGGACAUCUAAAACCUCUGUUUACUUUGGUAAACAGCCGUGUCUGGCUGUCUAGACCCCACUAUAUUAGCAUUAUAGCAUCAUCAGACAUCAUCACAUUUGGCUGACAUUCUUUGACCACAUGAUGUUUGUAUAAGCCUACUGUUGUUUUGAUAUAUAUUCGACAAGCAGUGACUUUCAAACUGGAUGUUAAUUAAGUUUUGACAGUCAAAAAUGGAAGUAGUUAGCAGCUCUGUACUCACUACAUUAGCAUUACAGUGUCAUCACCUCUUAAGUUUGGCAAACACUCAUGUUUUAACCACAUGUGGAAAAUGGUAUUGAUGCCUAUUAGAAAAGCCACUAGCAUGAACAUGUUGCUGUUGACUUUCAAGCUUGAUGUUAAGCUAAAUGGUAGAAGUUAACAGCUUUUCUUAGGUAACAUAAACCUCUAUCUUUUAAAUGAAUGCACUAGCAUUUCAAGUGUAGCUCAAUUUAACCAACUGACCACAUACACAGCCUUCAUUUUCUAUGCUGUACAGUUGACCAUCUCCAUCUACUCUGCAAUAAAGGACUGUAAUGCAAACUCCA